GCUUUUUUAAGUAUCCACACUUUGGUUCGUGACUUUCGUCUGGCAAUAAGCUGACUCAAAUGGAGUGGGAUCUGGAGAAUUCAUUGCAAGGAUUUUACAUAACAAUAAUAGUUUGUGUUGUAUCCGGUGUGCUUUACUGCAUGUUCAGAAACACACUGUUUGCUCCACGUGUUUCUGUUAAUCAAGAUCCCGAAAACAUCCGAAGAAAGAAGAAGAACGAAGUAAAAAAGUCGAAAAAAAUCAAAAAGGUCAAGAUUCUAGUUGAUUCUCAACAAAAUGGCGAGUUGGAAGCAGACAGAACCCAAACAACAGAUGAUACCACUGGGGAAGAGGAUGAACGCCUGUCAGACUUACCAGCUGAUAGUCACACAUCUAGCAGUAGUGAGAGACCAGUCGAACGACUACUUCAAGCACUACCUGGAGAACAUGGUUCUGUUAAAAUGGCCUGUCAGCUUGACAACAUUUCAUAUCAGAUGGAAGAAUCUUAUUUCAGUAGUCCCCGUUUAAUUUCUUCCCAGUCUGUAGUGGACAAGAGUCAAAGUGAUGAUUCUGACUCAAUCAUUUCUCGAAGUUCUCCGGAAAGUAAUUCGACAGCACCAACUUUAUCUUCAUCAGCAGUAAACGAGCUCCAAGCCCCUCUCGUAAAAUCAAAAAGAUCGAAACGUCGUUCAACAAAACGGUCAACGGGAUCCAGUGGUUUACAUAAAGAAACUUUGUUUUCCGUUGAUCCAGUCAUUGAAAACCGACUUGUGGAGUCGCUUGGAGAAACAACAAAGAUUAACCGCUCCAAACCAAAUAAGUCAGAUGAAAAGUAUAAACCAUGUAAUUCUAUUUCUACUUUGGAAUUAAAUGCGAAAAUUGAAGAAUUAGAAAAACAGCUGAAGGUUAGCGAAUCUAAAUUGGGAGAAACUUCUCAAUUGGCAAACUCUCUGGCUGAGGAAAAUGAACGUUUUCUUGCGAAGGAAGAAGAAACCUCUCUUGGUUUACAAGUAUUACAAAUGCAAUAUACCGAACUCUUAAGGUCAAAUAAAGCGAUAGAGCAUCAAAAGAAUUUACUGGAUAGAAAAUUAAAAAGUACUGAAAAUGAGAAGUGUGAUCUGCUCAAACGGUUAGAUAAAGCAAAUGCGGAUGCUCUGAAAGUAAAAGCCGAUGCUGAAUUAGAGUUGUGCAAAUUGAGAGAGCAAUUAACGGAAAAAGAAGCUCAGCUGACGGCGAUGGCAGCAGCCAUGGCUGUAUCUCCUCCAUCGAUGCCUACUAGUCCUAUUCCAGAACUUGUUCGUACUCAGGAGUUAGCACAAGCCAUGUCCAAAGAUAACUGUUUGCUAAAAUCACGCAUUGAACAGCUUGAUUCCGAAGUAAGCCAACUACGUCAAACAAACAUGAGGCAACAACAAGACUUACAGGUUUUCCGUGCUGAAAAUCACAAAUUGCACACAGAAAAAGAAUCAGCUUUGGAAGAACUGCGAGCCAAACGAAAAGCAGAACAGUCUGAAAAUGAUGCUACACGUAUGGAGCUAAAUCUUCGUUGCCGUGAAUUAGAAUUAGAAAAACAGAAAAAUCAGGAAUUGUCUAUUUCCUUGUCUGAGGUGAGAGCUGAACUAUCUCGUAGUUUACAGCAAGAGAAACGUCACUCUGGAAUUAUCGGAAGUCUUGAAUAUCAGUUCGCUGAAUUGAAUGCCCAACAGCAACGUCUGUUAGAAAGUGCUAAUCAGUCGAAAGUAGCUAAUGAAGCAGCGUCUAGUGAAUUAAGAGCCCAAGUUGUUAAUCUGUCCAACGAUCUAAUGCGUGUAACAAGUGAGUUAAACUGUGCUCAACACAAAGUCAACGAACUCACAUAUCAGCUGGAGUCUGCUAACAAAUCAAUAAGUAGCAAUACAGAAUUGAAUGGUGAACCAGUCAUUGUGAAUAUUAAGACGGAAGAAGUAUGCGUAAAGAAGGAAGACAGUGAAGAAGAUGCAGAAGCCUAUAAGAAUUUACGUAGUCGUUUAUCCGAAGUUGAAAGCAACUUUGCAGCUGCUGAAAAAGAACGAGUAAAGUUUUAUAAUCUUUAUCAAGCUGCACUUGCUGAUAUGGAUUAUUAUAAGGUAAGUAUUCGCGUAAAAAUUUAGACUAAAGUUAAGACUUAGUCGUCGACUGCAUGUUGUACUUCGCUUGGUAAACUGGACACUCACCGAUGAUUUGAAUCCUGCCGCAGACCUGGUUUUCAUUUCACUUUCAAUCAUCACUCACUAUAAAUAACACCAGACUUUAUGACCCAUGGUUGCCUGAGAUAGUCUCAAUAAUGAAAAUUUUAAAAUCGCUUUUUACAGGGUGUUUAAAGUCAGAUGAACAGUGAUCAUCUGCUCGUGUUACAUCCACGUUAGGAUUCCACAACAAUCAUGUAUUCAUUACUAUUUAUUGACAUACAUACAUGUCAAUAAAUAGUAAUAACUGCUACCCGUUGUACAAGAAGUGGCUAUCGUUCCUCCGUGUUAUAGUCGAUAACGCCUUGGCGUUUGGAGCGAUAAGUACGAGGUUCGAGUUUCAGUGGGAACAACAUCACUCACUGGAGUGCAGGUACGGCCAGCUGACGAGUCCUAAAUAGGACGAAACGCGCGUCCUGAAUUCUUCUGCUAGCCACAGCCAACCAAAUUAUCAUGAUCAUGUAUUCAAUUCACAAACUCUUUCGGUCUUCACGAAAGGCGCUUAUAUUUAAGCACCGACGAAAUAUUAUGCUGUAUUAAAAAAACAAAAAGUUCUGUUAACUACAAUUUAAGUAGUAAAACAAACAUUUCAGCGAAGAAAAUUUCUCUUUGCAACGAUUGGAUUUCCACAAGUUGUACACGCAUAUUUAUGUGUAGGUUGAAAUGACUAGUUGACAAAAUCAAAGUAGAACCUUGUGCACUGGUGCAUCAGCUCAAGUAACCACACUUCUCAGUAGUACACAAAAAACAGGUGGAUAAAAAGACUGAUAUCAAAGUAGGUUAAGUUGUGUGAGAGAAUAAACAAUUUGAAGAUAACGGUUAGUGAGAAUAUCCAAGCUUUAGAAGAUGUCAAGAAGUGAAUACAUCAACUCCAUUGUGACCAAGUUUCAGCCAUUUCACCAAGAGACAGUUCUCAAUAACUGAUUCCUUUCAUUUCGGGGACCCAAACUAGGUAGUCUACAUCUCCCCACACGACUCGGACCAACAGUAAGAGACUUCAUUGACUAGUUCCAUGUCUUGAUCUGGCUACCUUGAACCAUCUUCCAACCUAAUCCAACUUCUCUUAGCAUGGGGCGUCGAGGUAGUUGGUGGUACGGCAUGCGCAGACAAUAACAAUUUUGUUUGUUUGUUUGUGUAUGUGUGUUUCAUUUUUACAACAAGUGGAGUCGUAAAGUGCAUUAGUGUGAAUGAGGAUGAUACUUCAUCAGUUGAUACAGGGUGAUGAUUGAAGGCGAAACGAAAAUCUUUAACCAGCGACCACCGGUGGUCAUUCUACCUUCAAUUAUCACCCAGUAUCAACAAUACAAUUCUGCCAAACUACGGCUAUGUCAGGUAGUCAAAUCGAUUUCACGAAUCACCAAAUCAUUUGGAAAAAUAAAGGAGACUAAGGGUCAAGGACGCAAAAUAGGCGGCGAAUGAGUGAAUAAUUAAGGUGCGAUUUUCACUUUAAAGUAGCUGAGUGAAGAUUUGGUAAAGCAACUAAUAUGAGUGUCAGUCAGACGAAGUAUGAUAUGAUAGGGAUCCGAUGAAGUGAAAUUGUUAUGAGAAGAUAAAAUAGAUU